AGGAGGGAGGGGUUGUGUUCUUAAAGUGGGGAUGUAUUAGCUUAUCCAUAAUUUAAUAAUAUAAACUUGCAAUACAAUAUAUACGCAAUUCUGUUGCACUUGCAAAUGUAUGAAAAGACUAUUUAUUAUAAACAAUCAACUAUUGAAAAACAUGAAAAGUCAUAAAAAUCGACGUAUAUCAUUUCAAUACCAUACAAUUACCCAAAUUUGUAUGAAAAAACAUUUAAAAAGCAAAAAAAAUAAUUUGGCCGCCUGUUUGUAUGGAGAUGGCCCAUAGUGAGCUGGCCGCGCAAAAAGGGUCAGUUUUGGGCGCUAAUAACUUCGCGGGAAAAAUCCAAAAAAUAUGGUGUCUUCGGGAAAGUUGUUCUAAAUAUAAUGAAGGUUCUACAUUUGAGAAAUGGUAAGAAUCGGAUAAUUAUGGCGCCUUCCACAGGUAAAAAGGUAAAACAGUUGCUUUUCUCCAUACAUUUUGACGAUUUUUCCCAUACAAACUUUAAGCGAUUGGAGGGAGGGGUUCCCGUGGUCAGAAUGAGCUCAAAUUUGGAAUUUAGCCUAGUGAUGGGUCAAUCUUUGAUUUCAGGGGGUAGCCCCAAAAAAGUCCGGAUUUGGACCACCCUAGUAUGUAUUUGAACCCCGUCUUGGCAGGACUUGGCCAUGACCACAGUAUAUUUCAACUGAGACGGUUCGGUUAGUAACCACCAUAUAUCUCAAGAACCUUUGAAGUGAGAUGCCUUUCUCUGGCUAACGAUUUCUUCUGAAAUUGUACAGCCAUGGAUCGGUAAUGCAGAUGACUAGGGCCAGGCAAUCCACGACUCCCUCGUCCAGUUCAUGAGUAUAUGAGAUGGCCCUGGGCUGUUUUGAGACGGUGUUAGUAGUUAUAUAAUGGUUUGAUAUAUUAUACCUUGUGGCAUUAUUUCGCCACUACGGACCAAUUCAGUUCUAGAGCAAUAACUCCAUGAUGGCCGACUGGUUAGCGUCUAAUACUAACAAUCCAAAGGUGUGAGUUUGAAUCCCAUCUGAUUCUUAAAGGUUUUUUUCAUGUUCAAAGUUCAAUUCCUGUUUCCAAAUUUCAAGGGAACCGACCGGGAUUUGAUCCCUGAACCUUCUGCUUUCGAGGCAGAAGCCGCAACCAUUAAGCCACGGAGCCGGUUGGGACAUACACAGUUUUUGUAGUAUGGAAGAUUUACGAGCAGAUAUCUUUCAAUAAUUCUUAGUUCAUGUUAUGAGAGUGUCCUGUAAUCAUAACUCAACUUCCGUGUAUGCCCAUUAGGGUGCCCAGAAUAUGGGACUUUUUUUUCAAAACCUCGCUCCACCAGCUGAAUAUUGUUCCUUGACCAAUUUUAGGACUCUGGGCCAAAUAUGAGCAAAAUCAGUCAUCAUUUACUCAUCAGAUACUAGGAGGUGAAGUUUGUAUGGGAAAAAUCGAAAAAAUGUAUGGAAAACCCAAGUUUCAUACGGUUUGGUUUGCACGGUGCGCUACUUCUAUCCAAAUAUUCCCAAAAGUGAGAUUCUCAUUGAAAAUUUAAUGCUCUACAACUUUGUAGAACAUAUCAAAGCUGUUAAACUCGAUCCUGAAAAGUUAUUAGCGAUUUAAAAAAGUCAUUUUUGUAUGAAAAACUUUUUUUUCAUCAACCAAUUUCGCUCAAAAUUUACACAGAUGCCCUUUUCCGCUUGUGGAGCAGUGGGUCAUUUUUUUUCUGGGCAAAAUCAGUCAUCAUUUACUCAUUGAUACUCGGAGGUGAAGUUUGUAUGGGAAAAAUCGAAAAAAUGUAUGGAAAACCCAAGUUUCAUACGGUUUGGUUUGCACGGUGCGCUACUUCCAUCCAAAUAUUCCCCGAGGGGGACGUCACUCCGCGAUAACACACUAAAACGCACAAAAACUAGCUCGAAAAGCAUCAACGCUACUCAUCGUGCCGAGUUUUCACAUAACGUCACCUUAAAGCAAGUUAUCGCAAGUUAACGCGCGUUAAAGCGAAUUAAAGCGGUCAGCGUCUGCUCGACUUUUGAACCAAACGAAUCGAUCUUGCAACCUUGCUGGCUUAAGUCGAGUAGUUUUUAAUCGGGUUUGGCAACUCGGUAUUUGUUUUGGUUUUUUUCCUGCAGUUUCGGGAAAAAUAAAUAAAGCAAUCAGUGUGUUUUAUUUUUGCCCACUCGGUGGUGAAAUCGCUGCUGGUUUGUGGCGCUCGGAGCAGGUGAAAUCGCCCCGUGUUGUGGCGCCGACGGUGAACGUGAUAAUCUACAAUCCGUAGUACACCGUUUACACCGAUGGCGGGACCGGCGAAUCCGACGGAGCAGAUGCGGGGGCCGAAAAAUAUGGUGACAACUAGGCUGACAAAGUUUGUGGUGGCCGAGUGGAGGUGGACGGGUGGACGAAUCGGACGGGAAGACGGAAGAUUUCUGACUGCAACUCAAAGAGGAGAAGGAUUUGUGUGAUAAAAUGCGCACCACAUCCUGAUGGACAUUGAUAUUUUGGUGCGACUUUACUGAAGAGAUGGAGCAGGCUUGGAAUAAGCUUCAUCAUCCGCCCUUUACGAUAACGAGCGAUCGCGGAAAUUCUCGAAAACCUCGGUGAAUUAAACAGCGAAGUUAACAAUUUCGAAGCUGAAUCCCAACGCCUACGGGCUACGCCAGCAUGCGCGGAAUGUUACCGUCCCCCAGCGAAUCGCCGAAACGUUCGCCAAGAAACUGGGAAAUUUCCUCAAGAGCUCGGGAACGCUCGCCAAGGCCAAGGCGAUCCGAUGCGGCUAAAGAUCAAUGACAACAAUGAGCCCAGCAUAAUCUGGGAACGGCGCGGAUGCGGAACGGAACAAGCCUUGAAAUUAGAGGAGGAGGUGGACGAUCGGCGCAAGCUGGAGGCGAAUUCUUGAAGGGUACGCGCAACCUAACCUAACUGCCUUAAUAAGCAGCGAUUGUCGGGCCGGGAGUUCAAGGUUCGUCUGUAGCGCCGAAGCAAGAGGUGACGGACUCACAACAACAGCUGUUCCACGGUGACAAUAACAAGAAGGAGGUGCUUAACGAUUACCAGAACGAGUUCGCAGAAUGGGAGGCAGGUGUACACAUAAAAAAAAAUGUAAAUUUACCCUACACUGAAACUACGUUUUAGAUGUAAACAUGCUCAAUGUAAUUUUGAAAUUCAUUGUAAAAAGUUAAAUUUGAUUAAAACAACCUUCUUGUAAAAUGAGAUUAAAUGUAAUCGAUAAAUCUUAUGUAAAUUGAGUUUUUGGUUCUCGAAAAUCGUAAAUUUGAAAAUAUGAAAAGCAUGUAAACAUAUUUCAGAUGUAAAACUUACGAAUUGUAAACUCAAUUAGCAUUUAAUUUCAAAUUACAAGUUUGUGUUGCAACUGACAGUUCAAGUGGAAGAUAAAAACAAACCAGUUUAAUGUAAGAUGUUCUGUGCGAGGUGAAACGCAAAUUUUAUAAUAAAUGGUGGAUUUCGUGUGAAAAACAAUCACAGCCGCUCAGGUAUGUUGCAUAAAUGAUUCAUGAUGUAAACAAACAAUAAUUCGAGUGAUUUUUUUCUUUAGGAUAAUCGAUAUUGCAAGUAAGGAGUGCAUCCCAUUCAAUAACAUUAGAUGUGGUUAGAAUGCAAUUGUUUACAUUUUCGUCACAUCUCGAACAGGUGCAUUCGACUGUAUGAUCUGCACCUUAAUCAUCGCUCUGGUAACAAGAAGAAAACGGAGAAAUCCAGUUGAUUCUUCUGGUCCAAACCGGAGAGGGAAGCAAGAUCCGGAUCCAUUCUUCUGGUCCAAACCGGAGAGGGAAGCAAGAUCCGGAUGGAACGCCGUCUGUAGACAGUUUUCAAGUAAAAACUUACCGGUGUCUUGCGAACCUUCGUGGUGAACGGACACUAGAGCUGCGGUAUUUUUUACUACCUAAGCUCAGAGUUAUUUCAAACAAAAUUCACAGUCUUUUUAAAGACUACCUGAGUUACUUUCCAAAAUUCUAAACAGUCUUUCCAAGACUAACUCCACCUAAAAUUUUGUUGUAUUUUACAAACGAAGCCAUCUUUUUAAAAGAGAACUUUGCUUGCAAAAUGCGUCAAAACAAAGGUAAACGCAAAUCUUCUGAAGAUUUGGUCGUUACGUCGGUGAAGCGUUUGAACGCUAAACCGGCUAAUGGAAACAGAAAAAGAAAACAGCCUCUUCUGAGGUCUGAUUCUGAUUCUGAAAGUGAGGUCAAUCCUCCAAUUCCAUUGACAAACAGUUUCGGUGUUUUAUCCGAAACUGUUGACAAGGAUCCUUCUCCUCGUACUGAGCCUUCUGCCGUCGAGAAACGAGUAAAGGCUCCGCCAAUUGUAGUGACUUCCGUCUCUGAUUUGGCCAGCUUUCGAACGCAACUGAAGAAUUAGCAUAGCAUUGGUGUCUACCCGUAGCUGCUACUUCGUUAUUGACCAGGACCCCCAAAAAUUGCUCCGUGGACCACAGAUGAAAAGUAGGAACCAAUCAUCACCCCUUCGCAAUUUUCAAAGGUCCCUAUCAUGCUGAUCAAUACCGACGCCGGCCACGACCAGUGGUAAGACACGGGGAAGUGGAUGGGAAUGUUAGUCCGAUACUUGAGUGAUGGGACCGCCAAAUCGACUGCGUCUCCGACAAAGUAUCACAUGAGUUUUGAGGGGUUAGUAAGGUGGGUAUGAGGUCAGGAUUCACUGUGGUAGGUGAUGCGACCAUAAGCAAUUUGUUUAUCUGUUGAAAUUUUAAAAAUCUUAGGCAGCCGGCUGCGGAAAGAUACACAAUCAUUGAUUUAGAAAUAGUUUUAAUUCGAACGCGGGGUAAAAUUAUCAUUCAUUCCCUCGUCGGCGUGCCUUCCGAGCAACGACGCUGUAAGAAGGGCUCCUCCUUUUACUAUUUAAGCAAUAGAUUAAAUUGUAUUUUCUGUGGUUUCCAAAUGAAUUAAAUCAAAACUUUAUAGUGAGGUUUGCAAUGAUUUCAUCGUGUUGCAGGAUUUUAUGACGAAAUGAUCCGAAAAUAGUAAUCUACGAGACCGACAGAAUUGCGAAAAAUAGUAACUGAAAGUUUUCGUUUCGAGCAGUUAUUAAUAAAGUGACACUAUCACGAAUGGUAAAUUUUUACGAAUGGUGCAUUUUUAAGCCGAAGUCGUUAUAGGUAGUUAUAUCUUUUACGUUAUAUUUAUAAUUAUCGGAAAAAUAAGAUCAGAGUAAGAGGAGAACGAAUCCGUAAAAACGACGCAUGAACUCGAGUUAGACAUUCUCGUUUAACGACCGGUAUAUUAUUUUUUACGCGACAUGAAAGAAGGAAAGAAGAAAAAGAAGAGGGAAAGUGGGGAAAAAAUAUGUAAAAUAUAAGAUACAUACAAGGAUAAAUUAAAGUAAAUAGAUAGAUUGAAAUUAAUAAGUUGAAAUAAAUUGAUACAUUAAAAUAAAUUGGUCAAUGAAAAAAAUUAUAAUAAAAUUAAAUCCAUUCAUGCUUCCAUCCAUACAUGAGCCAAAUGAUAGAGUUCACCAAUUGUGGAAACUCACAAAUGACCCCUCAUAACGUUAUCUAAUCAGACAGAAAAACACCAAAGUUGUAUUGUUAAUCCGAUUCCGGCCAACCGUGAACCUUCCUGAAAUAAUUGGAACCGUCAAAAAUCCACCAAAGCAUCUACCAGAUUGAUCACACAAAAAAACUGUGGUAGAAAAAUAUCCACCGCGAUCUACCGCGAUCAAUUUUUGACAGCCAACGAAUUACUUCAAGAAAACCCACCGCGGCCAACCAAAAUCAAAUCAACAAUACAACUCAAAUCAAAACGGGCUCACCAAAGUUGCUGCCAACCUUCCCUUCCCACGCCUUGUCUUUAACAUCAAUCCCUUCCCUACUAACCCCGAGUAGGCCGCGGGUAAUCGGCUCCCCUCCCACUAACAUUUACACACAAGAUCCUCUGUAAUUAUUAAGUUUUUUGUAAUUACAAAAGCCCUUUCGAACGCAACUGAAGAAUUGCAAGGAAACUUGCAAUUUGAAGGUUUCGUUCCAGCUUGGUCGAAGAGGAGAAUGUCGCUUGUUGAUGGAAUCUUUACAAGAUCACCAAACUUUUGUUGGUUAUUUGAAAAACCACAAACACAAUUUCUACACGUAUGAGACCAAGAAUGCUCGUCCAUUCAAGGCGGUCCUGAAAGGUCUCUCCAACGACUUGUCGGUGGACGAGAUCAAAAACGAACUUAAGGUGUUGCUUGGCUUUGCCCCAUCCCAAGUAAUACCAAUGAAGAAAAAAUCAAACGGGAAUAUUUCUCGCUUUGGUUUGACUUCACAAUUUUAUCUGAUUCAUUUCAACAGAAAUGAAAUCAACAAUUUGAAACUUUUGGACAAAGUUCAGUUUUUGUUCCAUGUACGGGUAAAGUGGGAGCAUCUUAAGAAACAUGGCGGUAAUGGGCAGAAUCUGACCCAGUGCCGGCGUUGCCAGGCAUUCGGUCACGGUACUGAUCAUUGCGCCAUGGUUCCAAAAUGCAUGGUUUGCGGGGAUUCUUCUCACGACAAGGACAAUUGUCCCGUGAAAGAAAUCACCCAAUUUAAAUGUGCAAAUUGUGGUGGAAAUCACAAAUCAAAUUUCUGGAUUCUCCUGUCAAACUCGGUACGAGUCGGUCGUGUUGACGAGUUGUCUCUUACGCGAGUUUUUUAGCGCGAUAUUUCGGCGUUUUCGACGGCGAUUUUCCGUUCCGGCGGUUGCAGGUGGUGCGAGGCACCACGUUUUGGACGCAGCGGACACGGCGACGGCGCAGAAGCGGCGGUUCCCCAAGGCAGCUUCCCGAGUUCCCGCUACCGUGAGGCGGCAGCAGGAGGAGGCGGCGGCAGACGCAGACGAGCGGUGGUCGCAGGAGGCGGCCCCCGAGAGUCGAGUGCGGUCGGCGGACCAGUUUUCGGCCAGGCCAGGUCGGAGACAACCCCGGUGUUUGUGUGUGGCUGGCAGCAGGCAGCACAACAACAACAACAAGCGCGCGAAAACGAGCUUCCCGCGCAUCCCGCUGCGGGCGGCAGCCAGUGCGGCCAGUUCGGCGGUGAGUGUGAAAGGCGAGUUUUUUGUUUGCUUUUAGUUUUUUUUUUCUCAUAGUUUUUUUUUGUUAGUCAUAUUUUUUUUUCUCUUCCUUGGGUUUUUUUUUCUUUUUCGCGUAAAUCUUGAUUAGCUUUUGUAUUAGUUUUUCUUUCGUUUUUCAUUCCAACCAUGGAUCCGGAUGAGGACCAGGUGGAAAAAAUGUCCGAGUCCGAAGACUGGGACACGGACAACGAGGGUGAAGUUGAUCCUCUCCCAGGAGUGCCUUCUAACCAAACCGCGUUGGAACUCUACGGAAAGGACACCAAGGUCGUUGUGAAGGGCACUGGCGGGCGCAAAGCGAAGAAACGCAAGUCUCGACUGUCUCCGAAACCAUACCCAAAACCUGAUCCCACUUCCCCUCCAACACAAAAACCGGAUCCAGCUCUUCCACUGAAUCCAAGUCCUCUGGUCCCAACAAAUCCAACUCCUAUUCCAACGAACCCAACCCCUCCGAUCCCGCCAAAUACGAAUCCAAUUCCACCGGCACCAACCCCUCCGAUUCCGCCAAAUCCGAAUCCUAUUCCACCGGCACCAACCCCUCCGAUCCCUCCAAUUCCAAAUCCACCAGGUGACAAGGAAAGACCAGUUCAAGCUCGCGCUCGCCAGUACGUGGGGGGCUCGCAGACGGAGUGGGUGGUCUUCUUCCGGCCCAAACAAAAACCCCUUAACUUCGUUCGGAUCACAAAAGAUCUGCAUAACCAUUAUCCUGGGCUGGUACAAUGUACUAAGCUGAACAAGAGCAAGCUCAGCGUGAUCGUGAACUCCGCGGAGGAAGCUAACCAGAUCGUGAAAGACAUUCGGUUCUGUGUCGAGUACCGUGUUUGGAUUCCGGCCCACAAAGUCGAAAUCGACGGCGUGGUGACCGAUGACAGUCUGUCGCUUGUCGACCUCUCAAGGGCGGUGGGACGCUUCAAGAACCCUAAACUUCCAGCUGUGGAGGUACUCGAGUGCCGGCAACUGGGCAACGUCACCACCGAGGGUGGCCAGAAGAAGUUCAUUCCUUCUGCCUCGUUUCGGGUGACUUUUGCAGGGUCAGCUCUGCCGGACUACAUUGAGCUGUACAAGCUUCGGCUUCCAGUUCGAUUGUACGUUCCGCGAGUGAUGAGCUGCGAAAACUGCCAGCAGUUGGGACACACCAAGACCUACUGCAGCAACAAGAGCAAGUGCUCAAAGUGCGCAGGCCCCCACAAGGACGUGGAAUGCCAAAAGCAGGCUGAAAAAUGCCUGCUUUGUGGCGGGGAACCGCACAAAACUCGGCAGUGCCCAAAGUACAAGGAGCGCGAGGACAAGAUGAAGCGAUCCUUGAAGGAACGCUCCAAGAAGUCCUUCGCGGAAAUCCUUAGUCAGGCGAACCAAUCCAAUCGUUUCGCCCCCUUGGCAGAUGAUUCGGGGGACGAGGAAAACGAGGAGGAAGUCCUCUUCCGGAGAGACGAGGAAAGUGACUCUUCCGGACCAAAUCCGAAGCGCAACAAGGUUUCCAAGUCCACAAAAGCCGCUGGCGGCAAGGGUAAGGAAAGUGACUCGUUGAACUUCGAGGAGGAUUUUCCUUUCGGUCCGUCGGGUAAGCCCGCUCCGAAGCCGACACCGAAGCCGGCACCGAUUCCUCUCAAGCCGCUGAAGCCCGUUCCCAAGCUGCCAAAGAUCCCUCUAAAACCGGUUCCUCAACUGAAUCCGAUCACCGAUGCCUUCAAAGGAGUCCUUCCUUUUUCCACAAUCGUGGAAUGGCUGUGCUCUUUCGUGAGUGAACCGACGCGUUUAAUCAUAAAGCGGUUUGAGCCUCUCGCUAGACACAUCGGGAAACAGCUUGCUACCACGAUGCCCCUCUUGUCGUUCAUUUCCUUUGAUGGGUAAUACAC